AUGGUGUGGCUUGUCGCCGCUAGCUGCUACUGGGUCCUCCCAAUUACAGGCGCAAGCUUCAACUUUUUUUGCGACGACUUGGAGCACAUUCUGUGCAAGCAAACAUGCCUCCCCGAGGGCGAGGCGGUAAUUUCCGCGGACGGGGCUCUCGCGGUCGAGGUGGCCGUGGCCGUGGCCGUGGCAGAGGAUCAAGUCGGUUUGGGCCAAAUCGAAGAUUUGAUGGAGACAGACUUGCCGAGAAGGACGAAAGAUUCACUCAGUGAAGAAAGUGAGGAGGAGGAGCAGCAUGAAGAGCUGGACGACGUUGCGUCCGAGGACGACGAGGAUGAGAAGCCCGCCGCACGGCCCUACAUGGCUCUGCUGCAAAGCUUCAGCGAUUCCAGUGCCCCCAAAGCAAAGAGGCGGAAGCUUGAUCAUCCAGAACCGCCCAAGGAGACUGACGACGCGGAGUCGGACGGAGACGAAGCUGUGGCCGGCGAGGACGUUGACCAGGUGGACGAAGAGGAAGAGGACCCCGCCAUCGGCGCCGACGAGCAGCCAGACGACGACUCGGACUCUGAGGACGAAGAAGAAUCAACUGAUCCGUUUGAUGUGCACUUCGCGCACGCAGACGAAAUGGCGUCUGCAAAGGCAGUCAAGGCAGUCAAGGAUGAGCAGUGGACCACACAGCGUGCCAUGAUGCAGUCAUUACGCGCGACGCUCAUGUCACCGGGCACCGGAAGCACCUUGGAUGCGCCGCAGCCCGCGUCCGGGCUGGAUGACUUUAUGCUCAAGCACAAGCUGAAGGAGACAUCCGAAAAGAAGUUUGCCAAGCUGGAUGAGACGCAAAAGACGCUCAUGCCCCUCCUGUUUGACUACAAAGACAUUCUGCACUGCGGUCGAACGGCCAAGAAUGCGGAAGGGAUGCGGAAAGCCGUCUGCUUGCAUGCUCUAAACCAUGUCUUCAAAACGCGAGACCGAGUCAUCAAGAACAACUACAAGCUCGCCAAGGACGGAGAAAACACGGAGCUCGAGUUCAGGGACCAAGGCUUUACGCGCCCAAAGGUGCUCUUUCUCCUGCCCACCAGAAACUCAUGCGCACGCAUCGUCAACAUCAUCCGGGACCUCUGCGACUCGGAUCAGCAGGAGAACCGCAAGCGGUUCGACGACUCUUACAUCGAGAAGGAGUCAAACUUUGGCAAUGACCGUCCAGAGGAUUUCCGAGAGCUGUUCGAGGGCAACGACGACGACAUGUUCCGCCUGGGAGUCAAGUUCACGCGCAAGACCAUCAAGUACUUUGCCCAGUUUUACAACUCGGACAUCCUAUUUGCCAGCCCGCUGGGCCUGCGCAUGGCGAUUGGGUCCGAGGAGGACAAGAAGAAGACAGACUACGACUUCCUGAGCUCCAUCGAAAUGGUCGUCGUCGAUCAGGCCGACGCGUUGCUCAUGCAAAACUGGGAGCACGUCGAGUACAUCUUUGAGCACCUCAACCUGCAGCCCAAGGACGCGCACGGCUGCGACUUUAGUCGCGUGCGGAGCUGGUACCUGGAGGACUGGGCCAAGUUCUUCCGGCAGACGAUUAUCCUGUCGGGCUUCAAUACCCCUGAACUCACUGAGCUGCAGCGAAUGCACUGCCACAACUGGGCUGGCAAGGUCAGGCUGCAGCCAGAGUAUCCCGGCGUUAUCCAGCAACUCGGCGUCAAGGCCAAGCAGACAUUUUCGCGCUUCCAAUCUCACUCGGUCGAGAAAGACCCGGAUGCGAGGUUUGAGUACUUUGUGUCCGCCAUCGUGCCCACGCUGGUAAAACGGGCAAAGGACUCCAACGGCACCCUCCUCUUUGUUCCGUCAUAUCUCGACUUCGUGCGGGUCCGCAACUACUUUGCCAACUCGCCGACCAUGGGCAGUGUCACGUUUGGCGCCAUCUCCGAGUACACCGACGUGCCUGAGGCGUCCCGCGCCAGAUCCCAUUUCCUCACCGGUCGGCACCGCGUGCUGCUCUACACGGAGCGGGCGCACCACUUCCGCCGAUACCAGUUCAGGGGCGUGCAAAAGGUCAUUUUCUACGGCCUACCUGACAACCCCAUCUUCUACAAGGAGAUCGGUGGGGACUACCUGAGCAAGAGCGAGCAGGAUCUCAAGAUCGAGCCGGGGCAGGGCACGGUGAGGGUCAUGUUCUCCAAGUACGACGUCAUGAAGCUGGAGAGGGUUGCCGGCUCCAAGAGGGUUGGCAAGAUGAUACAGGACCGGGGCGACACGUUUGACUUUGUCUAG